AUGCCAUUGACUUGCGGCUGCAGUGACGUAAAGACCCGUGUGAGGGUGCGCUGCGCUGCCAUGCUCCGUAUAGCCGGGACCAGCUCAUAAAGGGUCAAGAGCGGCCGGGAUCCGGACAGUGUGACGUCACGAGUGAGACGGGGCUUUGACGUCACGAACUGGGGUCACAGGGUGCCUUCUGGGGAUUUCUCGCUUACCCGUGGCUGUAGAAUUAAUUAAAUUCAUUGCAUUAUCACUCUGAGACUGUGGGGAAGGCUAGUAGCCUUCCCCAUUGCACAACUUUCUGGAGAAGACCAACCAUGGCUGACCCAAUCAUGGAUUUAUUUGAUGAUCCAAACCUAUUUGGCUUGGACUCUUUGACAUCAGAUUCUUUUAGCCGGGAUGAACCUGAUACCAUAGAUGAAGCUCUAGGCCUGGGUAGUGUCCUGGAGCCUCUGGAACAGCUUACAACAGACAGGAGAACUGAUCAAACCACUGCAACUAGCACUGAUGUGGCUGAGCACCAGUCAGUACCUCCAGUUCUGCAAGAGAUCCCUAUCCCUGUUGCUGCAACUGAACCAGUGCUGCUCUCCCAGCAAGCAACAAAUCAGGAUCCUCUAAGUCAAGGGAACCCUUUUAUGGGGACCUCAAGCACUGUAACAGGGGCUCCAAAAAUAAUGAUCCUGAAGGCACCUCCUGGAAUGACUGUUGGGGGCUGCCCGGUCACACAGAUUCAGACUCUGACUCCUGGUACAUCAGGUAAUGGAGGAAAAGUGACAUUCGCAAAGGUGCUCACAGGAACCCCUCUAAGACCUGGGGUAUCCAUUGUUUCUGGGAACACUGUACUUGCCAAAGUUCCUAACCCUGGUGUUGCUGGGCAGGCAGGAGCAGUCAGACCGGUUCGUCAGUUGUUACUGCAGCCAGUGCGGACUUCGGCAGCCCCGGGGGGCACUGAUGGCACCUCUGGAAUAAAACCUGGAGUGACUGUAACCUCUGCACCUCAACAGGGGGACUCUAAGCGUAUAACAUUGGUGCUUCAGCAACCUUCCCAGGCAGGCUCUGGAGCGCCACAGGGACAGCGUCACUUGGUGCUAGGUGGCCUCCCAGGAAAGCUUGUUCUUCAGGGGAAUCAGCUGGCAGCCUUGACCCAAGCUAAAAACCCCCAGGGACAGCCUGCCAAAGUUGUAACCAUUCAGCUACAGGUCCAACAGCAGCAAGGGGCCACAGGACAGGCACCACAGAAGUUUCAUAUUGUACAACAAGGGCCAGGUGGUCUGACUCUUGCUCCUGCUGGGCAGCAAACACACGUGUUAAGUCAGCAAGGAGCACAGAGGGUUUCUGUUCCUCUCAAAGUUGUCCUGCAACCACAGGCUGGCUCCUCGCAGGGAACUACACAGGGCCUAUCAGUGGUGAAAGUCCUCAAUGCCAGUGAGGUGGCAAGUCUCACAGGUGGCCAGACUCUAGUAAAAGUUGGAACGUGUGGCGGGGGUGAGCCUCGCAAAUUAGACCAUCAGAAGAAACAGGAGAAAGCAAACCGUAUUGUGGCCGAGGCCAUUGCCAGGGCUAGAGCACGUGGGGAGCAGAACAUCCCACGUGUCCUAAAUGAGGAUGAACUGCCACGUGUCAACCCAGAUGAUGAUGAUGGGAGCAGAAAGAAAAGAAAGAAGAAGAAGGGUGAAGUUGGGGAUAGCUUAAUUAAUGACAAAAGUAAGAAAAAUAAAGGGAGUGGGAGCUCCAGGCCCAGAAGCAAAGGUAAACCCAGUACAAUUACCCCCAUUGUUGGAAAGAAGAGAAAGCGGAACCCAUCUUCUGAUAACUCUGAUGCUGAGGGGGUCCCAUCUCAGGCUUCCCCUGCAGAGGAUGAAGAUAGUGUCCAGAAAAGACGCUCAAACCGCCAAGUAAAACGUAAGAAAUACACAGAGGACCUGGACAUUAAGAUAACUGAUGAUGAAGAUGAAGAAGAAGUAGAUGUUACCGGACCUAUGAAAGCUGAGCCUGUUUUGUUUCCUGAGCCAAUCCCAGUUCCUGAUGCUGAGAUGGCGCCCUCCAUGCAGUUUUUCGUGGAGAAUCCAAGCGAAGAAGAUGCUGCAAUUGUGGACAAGAUUCUGUCCAUGCGUGUGGUAAAAAAAGAGCUUUCAUCUGGAGCUUAUAUUGAUGCUGAAGAAUUCUUUGUGAAGUAUAAAAACUACUCGUACCUCCACUGUGAGUGGGCCACAAUCGAACAAUUAGAAAAGGACAAACGCAUCCACCAGAAACUAAAGCGGUUCAAAACCAAAAUGGCUCAGAUGCGACAUUUCUUGCCGGAAGAUGAAGAGCCCUUUAACCCUGACUAUGUUGAAGUUGAUCGAAUCUUGGAUGAGUCUCAUAGCAUUGACAAAGAUAAUGGGGAGCCGGUUGUGUACUACCUGGCGAAGUGGUGCUCUCUACCCUAUGAAGACAGCACUUGGGAGCUUAAGGAGGACGUAGAUGAGAGUAAAGUGGAGGAAUUUCGAAGAAUUCAGUCUAGACAGCCCGUCCUCAAACGUGUGCCCCGUCCAGCAGCAACGUCCUGGAAGAAAUUGGAGCUGUCACGAGAGUAUCAAAAUGGGAACCAACUGCGAGAAUACCAGCUAGAGGGUGUCAACUGGCUGCUCUUUAACUGGUACAAUAGGCAGAAUUGUAUACUUGCAGAUGAAAUGGGCUUGGGAAAGACCAUCCAGUCCAUCACGUUUCUACAAGAGGUCUACAAUGUGGGCUUGAGGGGUCCCUUCCUGGUCAUUGCGCCACUCUCAACCAUCACCAACUGGGAGAGGGAGUUUGCCAGCUGGACGCAGAUGAAUACCAUUGUGUACCAUGGCAGCCUAGCCAGUCGGCAAAUGAUCCAACAAUAUGAAAUGUACUGUAAGGACACCAAGCAGGGCCGUCUAAUUCCUGGAGCUUACAAGUUUGAUGCUCUGAUCACUACCUUUGAGAUGGUGCUGUCAGACUGCCCUGAGUUACGUGAAAUUGAGUGGCGCUGUGUCAUCAUCGAUGAAGCACAUAGACUGAAGAACAGGAACUGUAAAUUGCUGGACAGUUUAAAGCACAUGGACCUGGAGCACAAGGUCCUGUUGACCGGGACACCUUUACAGAACACUGUAGAGGAGCUAUUCAGUUUGUUACAUUUCCUUGAGCCUACUCAGUUUGCCUCUGAAGCAGAGUUCCUUAAAGACUUUGGCGACCUUAAGACAGAGGAGCAGGUACAAAAGUUACAGGCCAUAUUAAAGCCAAUGAUGCUGCGACGGCUUAAAGAGGAUGUGGAGAAGAACUUGGCUCCGAAGCAGGAGACCAUCAUAGAGGUGGAGUUAACCAAUAUCCAGAAGAAAUAUUACAGGGCUAUCCUGGAGAAGAACUUUUCCUUCUUGACCAAGGGAGCCAGUCAAUCAAACACUCCUAACCUGCUUAACACGAUGAUGGAACUAAGGAAGUGCUGCAACCAUCCCUACCUCAUCACAGGCGCGGAAGAGAAGAUCCUGUCUGAGUUCCGAGAGGCAACCCCAGUGAUUCCUUUUGACUUUCACCUCCAAGCUAUGGUGCGUUCCUCUGGAAAACUAGUGCUCAUUGAUAAGCUUUUACCAAAACUGAAGUCUGGUGGCCACAAAGUACUCAUCUUCUCUCAAAUGGUGAGAUGCCUGGACAUAUUGGAAGACUAUCUUAUACAGAGAAGAUACCUGUAUGAGCGAAUAGAUGGACGUGUCCGUGGCAACAUGCGCCAGGCAGCCAUUGACCGCUUUAGUCGUCCAGACUCUGACCGGUUUGUGUUUCUGCUGUGUACACGAGCUGGGGGCCUUGGAAUUAACCUUACAGCUGCUGACACUUGUAUUAUAUUUGAUUCUGACUGGAACCCUCAGAAUGAUCUUCAGGCACAAGCACGAUGUCAUCGCAUUGGGCAGAGCAAAGCAGUAAAGAUUUACCGUCUCAUAACCCGUAAUUCCUAUGAGCGAGAAAUGUUUGACAAGGCUAGUCUGAAGCUGGGAUUAGACAAAGCUGUUCUGCAGUCUAUGAGUGGUCGAGAAAAUCACUUGAGUGGGCAGCCCAUCCAGCAGUUUACAAAGAAAGAAAUAGAAGACCUCCUACGAAAAGGUGCCUAUGCAGCUAUCAUGGAUGAAGAUGAUGAAGGCUCCAAGUUCUGUGAAGAAGACAUUGAUCAGAUCCUGCUGAGAAGAACAACAACUAUCACUAUUGAAUCUGAAGGAAAGGGCUCCACCUUCUCAAAGGCCAGUUUUGUGGCUUCUGAAAACAGAACUGAUAUAUCACUGGAUGAUCCCAACUUCUGGCAAAAGUGGGCUAAGAAAGCUGAUUUAGACCUGGAUCUUCUCAGCAGCAAGAACACGCUGGUAAUAGACACGCCACGAAUCAGGAAGCAGACUCGGCACUUCAGUAACAAAGAUGAUGACAUGGUCGAGUUUUCAGACUUGGAGAGUGAUGAUGAUGAUCGACCCAGGGCUCGGCGUCAGGAGAGAAAGCAUGGUUAUGGACGCACUGAUUGCUUCCGUGUUGAAAAACACCUACUGGUUUAUGGAUGGGGUCGCUGGCGGGACAUACUCGCUCAUGGUCGUUUCAAACGCGGGAUGACUGAGCGAGAUGUGGAAAGGAUUUGCCGAGCCAUCCUUGUUUACUGUCUGCUGCAUUACCGGGGAGAUGAGAAUAUAAAAAGUUUCAUAUGGGACCUUAUCACUCCAGCAGAGAACGGAAAAACUAAGCAGCUCCAAAAUCACACUGGUUUAUCAAUCCCAGUCCCCAGAGGGCGCAAGGGUAAGAAGGUGAAAUCCCAAAGCAGCUUUGAUAUACAUAAGGCUGAUUGGAUCCGCAAGUAUAACCCAGAUACCCUGUUUCAGGAUGAAGGCUACAAGAAGCACCUAAAACACCAGUGCAACAAGGUGUUGCUGCGGGUUCGUAUGUUGUAUUAUCUCAGACAGGAGGUAAUUGGAAAUGAAGCUCCUAAGGUCCUGGCAGGUGUGGAUGCUAGGGAGAUUGACAUCUGGUUCCCAGAGGUGGAUCAGGUAGAGGUUCCAUCACUUUGGUGGGAUAGAGAGGCGGACAAGUCUCUGCUUAUCGGGGUAUUCAAACAUGGUUAUGAAAAGUAUAACACUAUGAGAGCAGACCCUGCUUUGUGUUUUUUGGAAAAGGUGGGGGGCCCAGAUGCACAAGCCAUUGCAGCUGAACACCACGCCCAGGACUUUGCUGAGCUACCUGAAGGAGGGGAGUUUGAUCGAGAUAUAGAGGAUCCAGAAUACAGGCCACUCCAUGCACAAAAAGAGCCGGAAGAUGAGGUUGAUUCCCUAAUGAUGGAUGAGGAAAUAUCAGUUGUGGAUGGGGAAGAAGCAACACCAAUGCCGAGUGGUAUGUUAUGGCCCCCUGGCUCUGCUCUGACAGCACGCCUGCGUCGCCUCGUCACUGCCUGCCAGCGCAGCUACAAACGUGAGCAGCUCAAGAUUGAGGCUGCCGAGAGAGGGGACAAGCGCAGGAAACGGUGUGAGGCAGCUUUCAAAUUAAAAGAAAUUGCACGCAGAGAGAAGCAGCAAAGGUGGACACGGCGUGAAGCAUGUGACUUUUUUCGUGUGCUGUCCAGUUUUGGUGUGGAGUAUGACCCUGACACACAGCUCUAUGAAUGGCAGAGAUUUCGUAGUCUGGCACGGCUGGACAAGAAGACUGAUGAUUCACUCCUCAAAUACUUCCAUGGAUUUGUGGCUAUGUGCCGACAAGUGUGCCGCCUGCCGCCAGCUGCUGGGGAUGAACCACCAGACCCAUCUCUCUUCAUUGAGCCCAUUUCAGAGGAACGUGCUGCUCGUGCUUUGUUUCGCCUGGACCUGCUUCGUAGGGUGCGAGAGCAAGUGUUGUGCCACCCUCUCCUUCCUGCGCGUUUGUCUCUAUGCCGACCAAACCCAGAGCUUCCGGAGUGGUGGGAGUGCGGACGUCAUGAUAGGGAGUUACUUGAAGGAGCGGCUCGCUAUGGGUUGAGCCGUACAGACCUUACGCUUAUGCCAGAUCCUUCCUUCUCUUUCCUGCGCUGCCGGCUCAACUAUCUCCAGACCAGAGGCAUGUCUGGGCUUUCCCGCCCUUCCACCCCCAGCACUCUUCCUUCACUGACUUCCACAGACCUCCAGCCCACACACCUCCUCUCAGUACCCUCAUCUGUCAGCUCGUCUCCUGCUCCACGUAGACCCUCAUCCUGUUCAUCUUCCGUUUCUUCGCAUUCGGAGGACUCCUCCGAUGAGAGCAACAUGAGCAGAGCAGCUAAGCUAAAUGCAGGUGUACCUCACUCGGCUCUUUUUGAUGAUGAGAGCCGUCUGUCUCUUACUGCAUCCCCUGCUGACCUUACCACAGAGGACGGCGCUCAGACUGCUUUGGGGACACCACACAGUACAGAAUGGCCAAAGGAUAGGGUUCUGAUUUGUCGCAUUGAACAAGUCUGCAAUGCAGUGUUAACCGGAAAAUGGGGUUCACCACGAAGAAUUUCAGACCCACCCAGCGACAGCCCUGACAGCAUGUCCCCAACCCCAGAGGAACAAAGUCCUGCCCAGUUCACACAAAUACGCUCUUCUCCUGAUCCCAAGGAGUUUACUAUACAAAUCAAAAGUGAAGAAGGGCUGAAGAUUAAAUUUCAGAAGCACAGGCUUCAGGAAAACGGUGCUCUUGAGUCCACACAUCAUGUCCACAAGAAAAAAAGCAAAAAGAAGUCAAGUCAGGUUGAGCUUGACAUGGACGCCAGGAUUCCAGUGGUGAAUCAGAGAGAUGGCACCGUGCUGCUAGGAGACGAAGCACCUAGACGCAAUCAGCUACAUGAAUGGUUGCAAAGGCAUCCAGAUUUUGUGGUGGAUGCUCGCUUUCUUACGUAUAUGGAAGAUCGAAGGAAACGGAAGAAACAUCGAAGCAAGAAAUCCAAAUCGUCGUCAGCAGGUGCUGUUAGUAUGGGAAAUAUGCAACCUCCACAUCAUCACAAUGGGAAGAAGUCUUCCCUUGCAGAGGGCACAUUAGACUCCCGACACCUCCACACAGCAGCCAAAAAGAGAAAGAAACGGCCGCCGUCAAAAAUCAUCUUACCACCUACUCUACAAGGGGCUGGUGACUCUUCCCAUUCCUUUCCUUCAGAACCUCAACCAGAGCCCAAUGCUCCCACCUUACAAACCAUGUAUGGAACAUCAGGAGCAGGAAUGCUUCACCCUGCUGGACUUGGAGGGUUAGGUUUUUCCCGCUACCAACAACUCCACACAUCAUCUGCAAACCGGAUGCAAGGAACCAAUUUUAAUGAAGAUUUACCUGGCUAUGACCCCCCACAGCAGCACUUCUCUCUGCUUGAUGACCCAAUGAUGCCGGCAAACUCUUCCUCCAGUGAUGACGACCUGGACAGACCCUGAUGAAAUCCACCCCUGUGGGGGACAAUAGACUACACCCCAGGAAACUGGGCCAAAUUCCCGCUCAAAAGAGAUGCCUACUCCGUUUUCCAUCUUCUCACUGGAAGCCAGUUUGUUUUUUUUCCCCUCCUUUUCAUAACUCCCUGUCUUUAUUUUAUUUUUUUCCUUCCUUCUCGAGAUUCUCUAUGGCAGGAUUCACACUGGGUCGUUAAAGACAAAUAGUAAGACUCUGAAUUUUUUUUUUUUUAAUUAACUUUAUUGCUGGCGCAGAAGAUCUGGGACAUUUCAGAAGUCUUAACAGUGCAAUAAGGCACUUCUGGUUCUGAGUGACAAGGUUUGGGUUCUCCACUAUUCACUCGGCACUGACGUGCACAACUCUCAUAGGUCACAUGGUGCGGGAGUUUGAUGGAGAGAAGGUGUCAUAAAAAAGUGGGUGGCAUCGUACUGUUCCACAUGUGGCACAAGAAGCUUUGCAAAGCAGAAGCUGGUCUGUGCAGUAGGACUUAUGAGGAAGAGUCGGGGCAUUUUUUGUUUGUGUGUAUGUGCGGGACCUAAGACUGGGGAUCAGAAGCGGCAUCCCCGAGCCUUCACUUUUCUUCCUCGGUCAUCUGGAAUAUAAGUAAAUUCCUUGAUUGAAUAUAUUGUCUCUCAACUUGAACUGAUGAACAGGCAACCCUUUUCCUGUGUCAUACAGCAUUUCCCCUUUCAGAUAUCCAUGCACAAAUAAAUGAAUGCAGGUCUAAUUAUUCCUAAUGCCAUUUUUUCAAUUAAAUAUCACAUAAAAUCAAAUAUAUGUUAACGUCUUAUUUCUCAUAAUGUGUACAGUGAGUGGCGUAUUCACACACAAGUGUGUGUUUCCUUUUGAAGGGUUUGAUCCCACAUGAACAAAAUGUCCCGGGAAUUAAUAAACCUUUUCUGAUGUAAAUCAACCCCUACAGACUCGCCAUUUAAUUUAUAGUUUUAUAUGCCAGGUCAGGCUUGUUUUCUAACCAAACCGUAAAGAA